UCCACAAGAAAACAAGGAUGAUGAAGAAGAGGUGGUCAAACUAUCAGCAAAAUCACUGAGAAACUACUUUGAACACAAAGGAGAAACAAAUACAGUCCAGAAACUAGAAGAAUGCAGAAGAAGAAAAUGUGACCAGAAGAAACAACAGACAGAGACAGAACUACAUCCAACCCAAACAGUCUCAGAGUGCAUCCAGAGCAAACACUCAAAACCUGGCGAGUGCACAGAUCUCAGGAUCGUGAUGGUGGGGAAAACUGGAGCUGGAAAGAGUGCAUCAGGAAACACCAUCCUGGGAGAAAAGAUAUUUGUAGAAAAAUUCUCAGCUGAAUCUGUGACUAAGACAUGCCAACAGCAUCAGCAGAAAACAGGUCGAUUAAUCUCAGUGAUCGACACUCCAGGAUUGUUUGAUACAUCAAUCAGUGAAGAACAACUGAAGAAGGAAUUAGUGAAGUGUGUAGAAAUGUCUGUUCCUGGUCCUCAUGUGUUUCUGCUGGUCAUCAGACUGGAUGACAGAUUCACAGAUGAAGAGAAAAACACAGUCAAAUGGAUUCAGAAGAACUUUGGAGAAGAAGCUGCACAUUACACCAUCGUUCUGUUCACUAGAGGAGAUCAGUUAGAAAAGGAAAAACUAACUAUUGUGGAGUUUCUGACAGAAAACAAGCAGAUUGGAGAGCUAGUUAAACAGUGUAAAGGGCAUUAUCAUGUGUUCAAUAAUAAAAAAGAAAACAAUCCAUCACAGGUAACUGAACUGCUGGAGAAGAUCGACAUAAUGGUGAAGGAGAACGGAGGAGAGCAUUACACUAAUGAUAUGUACCAGGAAGCUCAGAGAAAAAUAAGGCUGAAAAAGGUUAAAGAUGCAGCAUUAGUGGGAACAGCUAUAGCAGCAGGUGUAGGAGCAGCAGUUGUAGGAGGUGCAGUGUUGAUUGCUGCUCCUAAUCAUGUGGCUCUACGUGCAGCUGUAAUGACAGGAACCGCUGCUGGAGCUGCUGCAAUGGCUGCUGCUAAUGGAACAUCACUAUCUGAAGCAAUAAUCAAAGAAUUUCAAGCAGCAUAUGAGCCCAAGAAGCAGAAAUGA